AUGUGGCGCUGGUUCUUGAUAUCUACUCUGUUUUUUUAUGCAUGUAUAAUAAUUAGCGCCAAACGUAUCUUUGAGGAUGGGCCACGUGAUCGGAAUGCUCGACACAACAGCGAUCACGCGGGCACCCAAACUAACGCGUUGCAAAAAUUUACAAGUCAUAUAUCUUGGAUUGAAUGGAGACAACUGGUUCGUAAUAUUGCCGUGGCUCGAUGUACUUUGUUAAAGCGCACCGUUGCUUCUUCACGUUCGGGAGUUAGUGACUCGUCAGAAGUGGAUGAAGAAGAAGAAAUGCGUCUUUUAGCAGGGGCUCGUUCAGAAUCAUUUAAUGAACUAUGCCAUAGGCCUAUUAUGCUGUUGUUUUACCGUGAUGACUGUUCGGCGUGCCAUGCAUUACUACAGGGUCUGGGAAACAGCGCAGAAUUUGAGCUGUUGAGUGAAUACAUGACUAUGGUUGUUGCUGACUCUAUGGUUGAAAUAACCGAAAACUAUCCAUAUCCACAGCCACACUUUCGCAACGACUCCUUGUUUUUUCAUGGAGGUCGUAGGAAAAAUAUACUGCAAAUGAAGGAAACUGAGGCUGUGCAAGAGGGGUUUGCAGGACAAGGUGAAUACUUUCCACGUGUUUUAUUUAUUUUUCCACAAAAUGGUAGUGUGAUGCCAAUAUUUAAUCAAGGGGAGGACUCAAAUCCGUCGUUUCUACACUUUUACCAUGAAACUUCCUCAUUGCUACACAGUAUGAUGGUUGCGCUGUGGACUAUGAACGAGGGGGUGAACUUCUCUGAGCUGUGA